AUGACGGGGAAGAAGCUACGCCCCGCCGCGCUGCUGCCGCCGCUGACGGCGAACAAGAAUUACAUCAAGAAGAUAAAGUUCAUCGCCAAGAAGAAGGAGGCAGCGGCGGCGGCGGAGAGGGGCUUUAACAGCAGCUCUAGCGUCGGUAAGAAGAAAAAGAAGAAUGUGGCGAAGAAGGAAAAGAAGGGGAAAAGUGUCACCGCAACCACCAAGAAGAAAGGGGAGAAGAAGGUCAACGCCAGUGCAAAGAAGGCAUCCACAGUGUCGGUGAAGGGGGGAAAGAAGGCGAAGAAGAGCCGUGUGGUUCUCGGAACGACAACUGUGAGUGAUUCUGCCCCACAAGAGCAGCAGCAGCAGCAGCAAGAGUUAUCGCCGAAGGAAUUGGACCGGCUGCUGAUUGAGCGAGCCAUUCGUGGUGAGGAAGGUGCGCACGACCCACUGGCGCCAUCGGCGGCGGCGGCGGCGGCUGGCGCUGGUGUGGACGAGCUGCUGCAGUACCCCUGCCUUCCCUUUCUCGAGGACUAUGCGGAGCAGAAGCGCAGCGAGGUGGUCAGCGCGGACACGCUGCUGCACAACGCCCACUCGUACUUCAAAGACCUCGGUAAGCGGGAGUCCGCGAUGCGGCGGGCGGCGGCGAAGCGGCUGCGGGAGCUGAAGGAGAUCAACCGGCGCGGCGGCGACAAGGACGGCUUCCGCUACGUCGUGCCGCGCAACGUGAAGGAAGUGGUGCGGCAGAUGGCGCAGAACGCCGAUGUGGCGGACGUUGACACGACGCAGUUGGCUUCCACAUUCGGCGGAGACGACGACGUUGAGGACACGUCUGAGCGACCGAUGCACCGGCGCAAGCGGCAGAAGAGUUGCUUCUCCGACUUCUACCAGUUCCAGGUGAGCCGUCGGUGGACGCGCAACGCGGAGAACUUCCUCAACAAGGGGCGUGCCCAUAAGUCGAUGUUCGAGGCGGCACGGCAGCAGCGCUCCAACAAGAAGUUCUAA